AUGGAUACUCCUCUAGAAGCAGCAAAAGUAGAUUCUGAUGUAGCAGAACCCAAUUCUGAUAAUGCAAAUGAUGAAUCUACUGCUGCAACUGAGACUGGAGAACCAGAAUCAACAAAGAACCUAGGGCAUCGCAAAAAGGUGGUUGAAACCGAUGCAACCCCCUCGAAUCCUCCUCCUGCUGCCUCAACCGUGCCUCCUGCUGCUGCAAAAAAAGGAGACUCAUCACUUCCUCAGCGUGAAUCUCAGCCCGAGAAGCCAAAACGAUUUCCUAAGCAAGUGGCUCGAAAAUCUGUGCGCCCAUACAAAACCUGGACUUCAUCGUCUUCAUCUUCAAAGGAAUCUCCUCCACCUGCUGCAGUUUCUCCUCCUGCUGCAUCAGUUCCUGCUUCUACUCCAACUGGUCCUUCAACUCGCACUCGUGCCCAGCAUCAAGCUUCUGUUGAGAAGGAACUUCGAUCUUCUCGAAGUCGUGACAAGCCAGCACCUCCAGCCAAGAAGCUUAAGACGAGUCCACCUUCGGUUUCUUCGAGUUCAGAAGAAGAAGAACCAAUGGAAGUCUCCUCUGAUAAAUUCAUUUCUCUCCAUUAUGAGAAGGAGAUUCCAAAGGACAUUGGAGUUUCCUCAGACAGUGAGGAAACUGAACUCGAGCCAGAGCCUCCCUUGACCAAAUCUGCUUCCACUCCUGCUCUAUCCUCUUCAGCAGCAAAGGCUUCUGCUGCUGCCAAAGGCAAGCAGCCAAUGAAGGAAUCCUCUCCUGGUAACAUUCCUACAUCUCUUUCCUAUUGUCCUCGUUUCUAUUAUCGUGAUAAUGAGCGUGAUUGGAAUUUGUAUGCAACUCGAAAGUUUGAGAGUGAAAGGAAUUAUGAUUUGCAUGCUCAUAGUGUGUAUGGAAUUGUUAAAUUCAUUCAAUGCCAUCAAUGGGAGAACACUCUAUCUGGUUUCAAAGGGUACAUUGCAAAUAUUGUUAAAGAUUUCAAUGCUAAUUUAUCUGAUGAUUUUCUUGAUGAGAAUUCUCGACUUUAUCGAAAAGUGUAUGUUAGAGGACAUUGGUUUUCCUUUUCUAAAAAAGACAUAUCUCAAGCCUUGCAACUGCCAGAGAAUGUCCCAAAUGCCAUAAUGUCUAUGGAUCGCCAAUUGAUGCUCACUGAACUCACUGGUGCACGGGCAGAACGGAAAUCUGGGGAGAGUCUUCGCAUCACACAUCUCACAUUUGCUCAUGCAUCUCUCAUGCGAUUUGCUCUUAGCAAUUGUGUUCCAAACUCAAACAAGACUGUGGUGUCUCAAGAUGUGGCCUCAUUCCUCUACCGUAUCACCUCAGGAGCAUCUAUUGACUUGGCCUCCCACAUUUUGAACCAAAUUAAAAAUGUGGCCCAAUCUCAUGAAACUCUUGAGCCUUCAUUGACUGGAACACCAUUCCAACCCUCGGAGUAUUUUGAUGGAGUUUUUCAAAAGAGGCCUAAAGCUGGUGCUGCUGCUGCUGCAAGCUUGAAUUCUGCUUCUGCAGAAAUCCAGGAGGUCAAGAAUGAGGUUCAGCUGGUGAACAAUCGUCUUGGUGCCAUGGAGGAAGUUCAGCAAGAGAUGUCAAAGCAGCUGUCCACCUUGGUCAAGCUUUACAGAGACUAA